CAGAUCUCAGAAAGCCGGACUUCAGUUUCCCGUUGGCCGUAUUGCUCGCUUCCUCAAAGCCGGAAAGUAUGCCGAUCGCGUCGGUGCUGGUGCUCCUGUCUACCUCUCCGCCGUCCUUGAAUACCUCGCUGCCGAGGUUCUUGAACUCGCCGGAAAUGCUGCUAGAGACAACAAGAAGAAUAGGAUUGUUCCACGGCACAUUCAACUGGCGGUGAGGAAUGAUGAGGAAUUGAGCAAGCUUCUGGGGACUGUCACCAUAGCCAAUGGAGGUGUUUUGCCCAACAUCCAUCAGAAUCUCCUGCCAAAGAAGAUGGGCAAAGGGAAGGGCGACAUUGGAUCAGCUUCACAAGAAUUCUAGCCCUUCUCAUUAUUUAUUUAUUCCUGUUAUGUUUAGCUAAAAAAAAAAAAAAAAGAAAUAAAUUAUUGCUGUUUUGAAACUUGGGAUCUGUUGUUCUUCUUGUAAAUCCACAAGUAGAGUUAAUAAUCUGUGAAGUGCUGUUUUUCUUGUUGAGGAUUGGGUUUCUUCUUUGGACAAAUUGCAGUUAUGGAUUGUUCGUACUUUCAUGAUAUUAGGGUUAUGUUUGGUACAUAUGGUGGGAGGUUUUUUUGUAUUUUAAAAGAUCUGAUUGUAUCAAUCACUAUAAUUUAUAAAAUAUAUUAUAAUUU